AUGGAUAACACCAAAGAAUCCUCUGCUCCUUCUGAGCGGUAUCAGAUCGACUGCUGGAAGAAGUUUGGUUCUGCCGUUGCAGAGUCCAACCCCGUCAACCCUGCCCAGACCAUCUACCUCACCCACUUGUACCACAACCAAGGACUCGUCGCCAGCGGCACCAUUAGACACGAGGGUGAGUUCCUCUGCGCACUGCGCAUUAUGCUGGAUGCAACGGGAAGGUCAGGCAUGCCCUCUGCCGACGGUAAACGGUUUUCAGUUACCUGUGAACUGCACGACGGCAACCCAGACACGGACGAGUACGACGCGUUUUCCCUGUGUAACAGAGACAGUAUCGAGUGUCCCAUUGACGACGAGUUCACGCGUGCGCUUGCCAAGCUCACGAACGACGCUGGCACCAAGAUCAUGCAGAAGAUGCAGGACGCCAUCGCGAAGAACAGUAACAGCCAUCGCGAAGAACAGUAA